CUACAGUGCUCUCCUUUCAGGCCAGGUUUCCACUAAUCAUCAACAACAGCUGCUGAUCUACACCACCUAAGUGGGAUCCGACUACGAUCCAUGGAAGCCAUUUGUUACACAUCCACCUGUUUCAACACAUAUCUAUCUUACCGAGUCAACUCCCUACGAAUACAAUACCGACACAAUACAACAAGUCACUAAUGUCAACAUUCGAAACGCUUCAAGAGCGGCUCACGGCCCUCCAAGAGACGACCGGCCAGCUUAAGGACCUCAUCGAGCGUCUCGCCACGCUCAAAUUCGAGCCCGGUUCCGUUCCUUUGAGCAACAGCAUCAGCAGUCUCGCGAACACUGGCGCCGAUGGAACCACCAACAGUGAGGCCGCUGAUUUGAGCGCCGAAAUCAGUCAGGUCUUGCGCGAGGAGGAGGAGGAUUUGGAGUUGCUGCAGGAGGAGAUUAUCGACUUGCGCUCCGGCCGCCCAGGGAGUGAGGCGGAACAUCAAAAGACGAGGUUAAAGGAGGGCGCGCAACGCUUGGCUGCCGAGCUCAAGGGCUGUCGAACCUCCUUCCGCAAAGCCCAACUCGCGGCGCGCCGCAACCUUGAAACCGCCCAGCGCCUCGAGCGCCAGCUCCUCUUAGCCUCCUACGUUGCCGUCGCCGCCAACCUCGCCGCAUCAGAUCGCGGAUCCGGCGCCUCAACACCCGUAUCUACUGCUGCCCCCAGCGGUGCUCAACCAACCUCGACGACGACGACUCCACCCCCUCUCCCAACCCCCGCCGCUUCUUCAGAUGCUCCUCUUCUCGACCCCCGCCAAGCCCUCUUCGGCAACCGCCGUCGCAAACAGCACCAAACAAAUUUACCCCCUUCCCACGACUCCGAAGUCGUCUCCGCCUCCUCCACCGUCACGGACGCCUUGCGGCGCACGCACGCCCUGAUCGCGUCCGAGGUAGCCAAGUCCGCCUUCGCCUCCCAAACCCUUGCGGAAAGCACCGCUGCUUUGAAGGAACUACAACGUAGCUACGAGGGGAUCGAUUCCCUUCUUUCGCGCUCGCGCGAUUUGGUGAGCACGCUGCUGCAGAGCCAGAAGAGCGAUACGUGGUACUUGAGGACCAGCUUGUACAUGCUGCUGUGCACGCUGGGGUGGUUGGUGUUUAGACGGUGGCUGUAUGGACCGCUUUGGUGGGUUUUGUGGUUACCGUUGAGGAUGGUUUGGAAGGGCGGGAGGGUUGCUUAUGGUGUUUCCACUCACCAUGGUGGGCAUGGCGCGGGGGAGACUAGAACGGGAGAGGGCGCGAGGAUGGAGGUUUCGGUUGGGAAUGAGGGGAUGGGAGGGAGGAGGGUGGUGGUGGGGAUGGCGGAGGAGGGGGCUGUUCCUACACUUCAGGUUCAAGUUGAUGGUGGUGGUGGUGGUGGUGGCGGUGAGAAGGUGAAGAAAAGGGACAAUGAUAAUAAUGUGGACUCGGAAUCGAUGGCUGAAAAGGUUGGGAGGAUUAUUGAAGAGAAUUUGCCGCCUCUGGAGGAAGAGAAGGGUGAAACUCACCCGAUCGUGGUCGAAGAUCCAGAGCUGGAACAAGGCUGGAUCGGUCAGGAGAGAAUUUUUACUGGGGAGCAAGGAGAGAAGGGGGAAGAGGAGAAGGAGGAGGAGGAGGAAGUGGUACAAAGAAAUCCUAAAAAACGGAUGUGGGAAGAACCCGUGGUGAACAGCCCACUUAGGGAGGAACUUUGA